AUGAUAUCCAAACUCACCCCGCCCACCACCGACCUCAUCACCGCGCACCACGCCGCCGGCAAAAAAACGUACAUCCUCCCACUCACGCACCCCAGCGUCACCACGCUCCUCCCGCUCUUCCCGCACCUCUCCUACCACACCGACGUCUUCGAGCUGCGCGUCGACCUGCUCUGCGACCCCGCCGCUCCCGCCUCCUCCCCGCCAUCAUGCGCAUACCUUAAAUCGCAACUCGAGCUGCUCCAGCAGGCCACAGAGCUGCCGAUCAUGUUCACGAUCCGCACGCUGUCGCAAGGCGGCAAGUGGCCGGACGCGGCGCACGAGGCGGCGCUGGAGGCGAUGCUGAUGGCCGUGGGGGCCGGGUGUGCGUAUGUCGAUGUUGAGAUUGAGUGGCCGCAGGAGAUGAUCGAUGUGGUGGUGAGGGAGAAGGGCGGGAGCAAGAUUGUGGGGAGCUUCCAUGACUGGACGGGGCACAUUCCGUGGGGGAGUGAGGUGCUGAGGGAGAAGUUUGAGAGGGCUGAUAGCUUUGGUGAUAUUCCGAAGCUUAGUAUCAUGGCAACGAGCAUCUACGACGCUUACGAGCAAGCGCUCUUCCUGCGGGCGCACGCAGACCACCCAAAGCCGAUACUCGCAGUCGCGAUGGGCGCCGCAGGCCAGCUCUCGCGCGCCCUGGCCCCCAUCAGCAUGAUCACGCACUCGCUCCUCCCGUCGUCGGCGCCCGGGCAGUUAACGCUCACGCAGGUGCACAGCGUGAUGCACCUCGCAGGCCAGCUUCCAAAGCGCAACUUCUUCAUUUUCGGCAACAACAUCGCGCACUCGCUCUCGCCGGCGCUGCACAACACUGGUUUCGCGGAGCUAGGGCUGCCGCACCACUACUCGAUCCACGAGACGGCGAACGUCGACGAGGAGAUUGCGGCCAUGAUGCUCGAGGAGACGUUCGGCGGCGCGUCGGUGACGUUCCCGCAUAAGCUCCAGAUCGGCAAGUAUCUGCAGAAGACGUCCGAGACGGCGAGGCUGGUGGGCGCGGUUAAUACGGUUGUGGUGGAGACGGACCCGAAGACCGGGGAGCGGGUCUUGUUGGGUGAUAAUACGGACUGGCUCGGCAUCAAGUCGUGCAUCGAGGUCAACUGGCCGACGCCCGGUGGGGUGUCUACUGCCGCAGCGGUCGUCCUGGGCGCUGGCGGGGCGGCGCGGGCGGCGUGCUAUGCCCUGCAGAAGUUGGGUGCGCGCAAGGUCUACCUGAUCAACCGUACGCGGAGCAAGUCCGAUGAGCUCGCGGCAGACUUCCCCGGACUAGAUUUUGAGCACUAUCUGGCAAUGUCCGACUUCCCGGCGGAGGUGUCGCCGGUGCCGAAUAUCGUAGUGGGGUGCGUGCCCGCCGAUGAUUUUGUCGAGGCGGAUAUCCCAGCGCAGUUCUUUUCGCUGGCGGCGGAGGGCGGUGUUCUGGUGGAGAUGGCAUAUAGACCGUUGAUGACGGCGCUGAUGAAGGUUGCGGGCCGGUUUAGCGGGUGGAAGACAAGCCGCGGGACGGAUGUGCUGAAGGAGCAGGCGUAUCACCAGUUCGAAAUGUGGACCGGGAGACGGGCGCCUUCGGCGGUGAUGAGUGCGGCGGUGGAUGCGGUGUUGGCGAAGAAGUGA